AAACGAAAGAAUUUACUCAGAACAAUUUGAAAAAGAAAAAAGGAGGACCAAAAGCCAAUGUCUAGCGAAAACGACGAUGCUGCUCGCCGGAAGACGGCCGUUUCUGAUUAUCGGAAGAAACUCCUAAAUCACAAAGAACUCGGAGGCCGAGUUCAAUCUGUAAGGGAGAACUUAAGAGCUAAGAAGAAGGAAUAUGCUAAAACAGAAGAUGAUCUCAAGUCUCUCCAGAGUGUUGGACAGAUCAUAGGCGAAGUUUUGAGGCCUCUCGAUAAUGAACGCUUGAUUGUGAAAGCCAGCAGUGGCCCGAGAUAUGUAGUUGGGUGCCGCAAUAAAGUGGACAAGGAAAAACUAACAGCAGGCACCAGGGUAGUUCUUGAUAUGACAACACUGACAAUUAUGCGAGCACUCCCUCGUGAGGUAGAUCCUGUUGUGUAUAAUAUGCUUCACGAAGAUCCUGGAAAUGUUAGUUAUUCCGCUGUGGGUGGGCUGUCCGAUCAAAUUCGAGAACUGAGAGAAUCUAUAGAAUUACCUCUUAUGAAUCCCGAACUUUUCCUAAGAGUUGGCAUCAAACCUCCAAAGGGUGUACUUCUCUACGGGCCUCCUGGAACUGGCAAGACAUUGUUGGCCAGAGCAAUUGCUAGUAACAUAGAUGCCAAUUUCUUAAAGGUUGUAUCAAGUGCUAUUAUCGAUAAGUAUAUAGGUGAGAGUGCAAGACUGAUCAGGGAAAUGUUCAGUUAUGCCCGUGAUCACCAACCCUGCAUCAUCUUUAUGGAUGAGAUUGAUGCCAUUGGUGGGCGUCGUUUCAGUGAGGGAACAAGUGCUGACCGUGAAAUUCAAAGGACACUUAUGGAGUUGCUAAACCAGCUAGAUGGGUUUGACCAGCUUGGCAAGGUUAAAAUGAUAAUGGCAACAAAUAGACCCGAUGUUCUGGACCCUGCGCUUCUUCGUCCUGGUCGUUUAGACAGGAAAAUAGAAAUACCAUUACCUAAUGAACAAUCAAGAUUGGAAAUUCUCAAAAUCCAUGCUGCAGGGAUUGCCAAACAUGGCGAAAUUGAUUAUGAGGCCGUUGUUAAACUUGCUGAGGGAUUUAAUGGGGCUGACCUUCGUAAUAUCUGCACCGAAGCUGGUAUGUCAGCGAUACGAGCAGAGCGUGAUUAUGUCAUUCAUGAGGAUUUCAUGAAGGCUGUAAGGAAGCUGAAUGAAGCGAAGAAGCUUGAAUCAACUGCUCACUAUAGCACUGAUUUCGGAAAGGAAUAGAGAGAGGAGCCUCCCCUUUGAUGGACAUGGCGCAUUAUCCUUUCAUCAGAUCGGACGCUUUUAAAUCACUUUUAGCAAUCGGAACAAACUUGUUAAAAUUUGUUAGGAUGCGUCUUUCAACAAUGUGAACGAUGAGUGUUUUCUUUAAACAGAAAUGCUUAAGAAGUCUUCAAUCUCAGAGUACAAGAGAUGAAUUAUUACAGUAUAUGUACAUAAUCUGUUUGUUUCUAAAUAAUGCCACUGUGAAACCGUUA